UGUAAUAUUCAAAUAUGGUAAACGUUUCACACCAAUAAAAACACUGUGCAUAACAUGCAAUCCAUAUUGAUGUCAAGGUUUGCAUUACAAGUAGAACGUCUUGUUAUUUAGUGGAAGGGAUAUUGCCAAGUUUUAUCUAAAAAUAUGCUUUGUUCUCAGACAAAUAAAAAUAUCAGCUGAAAUAUGCAAAACAUUUAUUUUUAAAAACGGGAUGGAAGAAAAGGUUAUUCCUUAGAUGAGCAUGUUUUAACAUUAACGAUGAACAUAUGAAUAAUGAAUAAAGAAACUGUUUGUAUAUAUUUCGAAGGUGAAAUGGAUUUAGAAAAAUAUGAUUGGCAAAUAGUAUUUGUUGGAAGAACAAAUGUUGAGAAAAUCUCAACUGUAGGUGUAGUGUUAGGCAAUCAUGAGUUACUAGAAGAUCGUCUGUCAAUUCGUUUGGCCUCGAUAUAUUCACAUUUAGAGAGACCAAAGUGUUGUAUAUUUCUGAUUACUGUCUUGAAUAAUCUAAAGAUACAACAAAUAAAAGAUGUCAGAGAAACCAAUGAAUUAAAAAAGACACGAUUGAGGUGUAGCCGUCGUCAGAUUUCAAUUGUUUACACGAUACAUCAUACAACGAAUAAACGUUACAGAUAUAUCAUAGAACGACAAAUGGUAAUCAUGAAUUCAAUCACGCGACUGAAAAUGUUUCGUGUAAUAACAAACUGUGACUGCUUUGCUUACAACAGAUAUAUGAUUCAAUCAUUGCAUCUUCAUAAUAACAGUGAGCUUCAAUAUAGUGGAAAAGCUGAACAUCAAGUUAAAACCAUAAUAAAGAAGAUACAACUCAAUGACAAAUUAAGAGAGACGCAUUCCGAGAAUCGUAUAAUACGGAAAAGUCGUUCAACCAAAUAUGUACUACUAGUUAUUAUAGUACUAUGGCAUGCAGCGAAAGCAAGCUUCGAAGAUCAAGUAAUACAGUGGAAACUUAUGACAAAGCCUGUAUAUUUUGGGAAAAGCGUUGUUCUUGAAUGCAUAAUACAGACAGAGGACAAAUCUGCACCAAUGUUAUGGACUAAGCUACCAAACGGUAAAACAUUAGCCUACAAUCAAAACUCAAGAUACAUUGACAAGUAUGCAGUUACUGUUGAAUAUCAUGAGAGGACAAUGGUAUACAAUUUAACUAUAAAACAUUUUAACUCAAGUGACGUAAAUCGAGUGUAUAAAUGUGAUUUUGGAUUUCACUCUUACUCAGACGAUCUUCUGCUUAAUGAAAAAGAUUUCAUCUCUGAACCCUCAGUAAAACAUAUGAAGAACUUCAGCUUAGAUAACAGGAGGUUAAACGGCAUUGUCCUGAUUUAUAAUGGUUAUCCAAAACCGUUGUGCUCGGGAAAAUUCGAGGGAGAGGAACUUUCAAAGUUCAUGAACAUUAGUAUUAGAAACAUUUCAAUAUUCUACGAAACAAAGAUUGAACUUGAAUACAGUACAGCUAUGUGUACAGGCACUGUCAAUGUGACUUGUAUUUAUGGUAAUCACACAGUGCUGAUCACUCAACUUGUUGAUACUUGCACAGAUUCGUCAGAAUCAAACCAUACAACUGUACAGAUAAUGUUAACAUUAGCAGGAUUCGUGCUUGUAUGUGUUUGUUUGUCGGUCUAUUGGUAUCGAAAAUGUAAACAAAGAAGAAUUCUCGGAUCAAUUCCUAAUACGGAGCCUUUUUUGUAACAUAUGUAAUUUCGAAGGUUAGAUAUACAAAUGAUGUUAAUAACUUAUAUCAAUGUUGUUGUGAUAUAUCAACGUACAAAAAUCAAACUUAUUUUACUUUUGUGCACACA